UUCAUUCUUCAUUUUUGUCCUGUUCUAAUCCUCCUCCUCAACGUCCUAUUGCAUCUGUCAUGCCAAAGUCAAGCAAUAAGAAAAAAAAGCAAAAAGAUGCUGACUUUAAGAAAACUAAACUGAAAGUAGGAAAGAAAAAGGCUGUUGCGGACAACUUUACGGAUACAUCCUUUAAAGCAAAAGCAAUCUCGCUCCCUAGUCAAUCUAUUACGCAUGACAAGACCACUCUACUCACAAAUUCGCGCAAUGCCACGUUUGCGGAACUAAUUACACAACUGAAGCACUACAGUCCAGGCAAUCGUAAAGAUGCUAUCUUGGGCCUGCGUGAUCUCUUUGAUCAUCAUCCUCAUCUUCUGUCCCUUCACCUUGGUGUACUUGUCAACGCAAUAGUCCGACUUUUAAUCGAUGAUUCCAGUAUAGUUCGCAAGACAUUGCAGAAUUUCCUAUCAGAGUUCAUUCCAAUGCUUCAUCCUCGAGAUGUUCACCCCUUUCUGCCGCUUCUAGUUGUUUACACUUGCUCCGCCAUGACACACAUUCUGGAGGAUAUUCGUGAGGACGCUCUAAAGUUUAUGGAUCUGUGGGUGGCAGCAGGAGGUCAGAUUGUUGUUGAUGGAUUCUGGGAUAAAAUUAUCCCCAAUUACGUGUCGCUUUUGACCUCAGACUCAAAUGCUACGAACGUAUCCAAGCUCUCAAGUACCAUGUCUUUUAAUACCUCACUCACGAAUGCGACGUUAGGUGGAUUGGGAUCAUCACUCUCUGCAUCUAGGCUUGUGUCAAGGGCUAGUACAGGGAAGAAUGCGCCAGGGUCACUAAAGGCCAAAUGUGAUGUCUUGCAGAGCUUGGUUGGAUUCUUACAGGAAGGGCUUGGAGGCGAAGGGUGUGAGAAAGAUCCAUAUUGGUUUCUGAGAAACUUCCUAGGGACGCCAUAUGCUCGCAAAUCUUUCAACGCUAUUAGAACCCAGUGGGAUAGGCAUGAUAGCUUGAGGGAUUCAAGGGGAAUCAAGAGGCGAAAAUUACAGGAGCAGAACGUUAGCGAGCGCUCCUCUGCAAGAUCAAUGUAUAAGGGUACCGUAGGUAGCGCUUCUGAUAAUAUUGGGGAUGGUAGUGAAGCGAGCAGUCAGGAGGGAGAAAUGGGCACAGACAACGAAUCUAUUGAUAGCGACCAAUCGACUCAUUCUGAAAGGAAUGUCCAAGAUGAGUAUCUCAUGUUUAAUUCUUCACCUUUUAUAUCUUUCAGCCGUGCUCAAACACAUCACGGUAUUCUCUCCACGUUCCCAAUUCAUCCAAUUACCUCAUGCUCGCCCAUGACGAGAACAAUAUUUGGAGGGAUUAAAGACCCGAUUAGCGACUUCAGAGAGGCAGCUAAUAUUCAAAUCAGGAUUUUUCCGCAACAGGGGGGAAGAGGAUCUGCUGCAACAGUGACAGAAGCUAACAUCAGUACAAAUGGAGGUGGAGAAGGCGGUGAGAACAUUCUAGGAGGCAUCCAAGGCAGGCUUGCGCAAGUUAGACCAUUGAUUUCAACUCUACACCCAUUGCUUCUCUCCUUAUGGCUGGACAAUGCACCUGCCGUUUUUGCUUCUUCAACAAGCAUCCAUGCCAACCAUACCUUGGCAAUCACUCACCUAGUUCUCAAGAUUUGGGGGAUUCUCUGGAGGGCAGCUCUUGCGCGUCCUAAAAAAAUGAAUGCAGAUUCUGAACUCGAAGCAAGCAUGGAAAGAGAAGAACAAAUAUGGUUAGAGGAGUAUCUCCAGAGCUUGCUUCGACAUGUUUCAAUUUAUUUUCCAUUCGGCAAGGAUACUCUAGCCAUGAUGAACCCUAAGGUGACUGCAACACUGCAAGAGAUGAAUACAAUCUAUUGUGAACUGACUUCGCUUUUUUUACUGGCUCCGGGUGUUGGAAGAACACGGCAGCAACAGAGGAGCAGUGUGCAGAAGCCAAGCUACAAAUCGGAGAUAAAGAAAAGACAAGUUGUCAAGACUUCAUGUCAGCCCUCCAAUAAAGAGGUCAAGAAACGCCAGGCAGUAACGGUAGCAGAUGAACCUUUCUUUUCUUCGUCAUCAGACUAUGAUAGUGACGAGGAUGUUUUGGUGUCGGAGGGUCGUAACGGUGAUGAUACGGUCGUUGUACAGACCGAAGCCCCUAAAUGGGCAGAUCAAGUCGUUCAAUUCGUUCUUGACGCACUAGGAUGGGUUCAUCCCGAAGCUGAGGAUAAAGAUUGUCUCAUCAAUACUAAUACUGGAAAACCGUCGCGAAUGAGCAGCUUGUCAACUGAUUUUAAAGCACAAGAUUUAGUUUCACUUUUACCAACACUGUGGACUUUGCUGAACUGUCUGGAACCUCGAAGAAGGGAAUGGGUUUUUGAAGGGCUAAUGAAUUUCUUUGACAAUGCUCAUGUUCAAAGUGGGUCCAAGAAAAUAUUACUCCAGUUUCUUGCUCUAGUUAUCAAGCGUCUUGAUUCCUGGAGCGUGUGCUGGAACAGUACAAAGGGAUCUAGCAGGAGUGUCCAAGAAAUAUCGACGAGAACAAAAGGAGUCAGUGGAAAGGAUGUCCCGGCUCCUUACGGCUAGUCUACUCAAAUUGCCUAAACUGUUGUGGGAUCUUGGAAUCGAGAGGAUUGAGACAACUCAAAUUAUCUUAGACUUGUUAGCAUGGGUGGUGAUGAUUGCAGGCGAUUGUCAUACAGAAACAACACAUGAAAAGGAGCGUGUUGAAUUUUUAAAGACUUUCCAGAGCUAUAUGACCCUCUUCUUCUGUGUCACAGUGGCAGGAAAAGACAACAAAGACGAAAAGCGGACAGUGAUGGGACCUUUUGUGAACUUGCCUCCUAAGCUUCAAAGACGCGCCAUCGAGAUUGUAUAUUACUUGGAUGUAGCUCCUACUAUUUCGUUUUCCGAAGUAGAGAGUGUAUCACGAAGAAAAAAGGAUACUAGCAUACAAAAGCUGGCGCCUCUGUUGGCUGCAGUCAAAUCUUGCUGUCAAGGUAAAGAAAAAAUGAUUUGC